AUGGCGACCCGCCCCUCCGCCGCCCUGCUGCAGCGCCAGCUGAAACUGAUGCAGAACGAUAAAGACCUCAGCAACAUUUCGUGCGGGCUGGUGCACGACAACAUCUACGAGUGGGACGUGAUGCUCAUGAUCUCCGACGACUGCAAAUUCUACGGCGGCGGGUUCUUCCGCGCCAGGCUGUCGUUUCCCACUGACUACCCGCACGCACCCCCCAAGAUGCGCUUCGAGAGCGAUAUUUGGCACCCUAAUAUCUACCCCGACGGAAACGUAUGCAUCUCGAUCCUGCACCCGCCGAAGGACGACGAGUACGGCUAUGAGAGCGCCUCUGAGAGGUGGCUACCCGUGCACACGCCGGAGACGAUCCUCAUCUCGGUCAUCAGCAUGCUGAGCAGCCCGAACGACGAGAGCCCGGCCAACAUUGAGGCGGCUAAGCAGUGGCGCGACGAUCCCGCCGCGUUCAAGAAGAGGGUUCGCAAGUGUGUUAGGGAUAGCUUGGAGGCUUGA